UAAAGCUGUUUAGAGAGCUCAUCCAAGAAUUCUCUAUGGCUGGUACAGUGCAGCAUUCAUGGCUGGUCAUCUUUCUUAUCUUUUUGUUGUAUGGACUGCCCGGAGAGCCAAAGGACAAUGCAAAACUGACACAGCCUCGUAUGAUGUCAGAUAAUGGUCAUCUUGUGUUUACGACGGGUGACAAUAAAGAGAUCCGCUUUGAGCCCUCAUCAUCAGGCCGGAUUAAAGUGGGUACCGAAGACCUCACACAGCUUCUAAAUCAGAUUAAAGACAAUAAAGAAGACAUCAAUGACAUCAAGUCUCAUGGAGGAGCAAUUCCCCCUGAAAUUACCAGCAACCUCAACCAGCUUAAUACCAAGGUGUCAACACUGGGGAACCAAGUAACUGCUCUUGAACAGACAUUCCACAAGGUGUCUUGCAGCAGUAACCCAUGCCAGAAUGGAGGAACAUGUCUGAACCUAUUAAAUUCAUAUUACUGCCUCUGUCCAAGCAACUGGGCUGGGCCUAACUGUGGCAGUGAUGUGAAUGAAUGCCAAGUGUUUUCAGGAACACUGCAAGGUUGUCAAAAUGGGGCGACUUGCAUUAACAACCCUGGAUCGUUUACUUGCCAGUGUUCUCCAGAAUGGUCCGGGAAUCUCUGCACUGUGCGUUAUGAUGACUGCAGGAAUGGCGGACAAGGCUUAUGCGUACAUGGCAUAUGUAUUGACGCAGAUCGGGUGAUAUCCGGACAGCCCAAAUACCAAUGCAUCUGUGAAAGUGGAUGGGAAGCUCCAGCUGGAAACCCAGCGUGUGUAACAGAUGUUGAUGAGUGUAACCUACCCACCAAGCCAUGUUCAUCCAACCCUCCUGUUCCCUGUUACAACACUCAGGGUUCUUUCUACUGUGGAGCUUGUCCUGCUGGUUGGCAAGGAAAUGGCUACAGCUGUCAAGAUGUGGAUGAAUGUUUGACAAAUAAUGGUGGCUGCUCUACUACUCCGGUGGUUCAUUGUCUGAAUACUAUGGGUUCAUUCCACUGUGGUCCUUGCCCUCCUGGCUAUGAGGGGGACGGAAGGACAUGCACACAAACUAAUGUCUGCUCUUCCAACAACGGAGGAUGUCAUCAUUUAGCUACUUGCUCCUCCAACCCAGGUUCAGCAUUCCCUGCAUGUACAUGCCCACAGGGGUACACUGGCAAUGGUUAUGGUCCAACUGGUUGCACACAGACAAGCAACAUCUGUCAGACCAACAACCCCUGUGUCAAUGGACAGUGUACGAGCACCACCUCAGCCUCUGGUUACCUCUGCAACUGCAACCCUGGCUGGCAAGGACUUCACUGUGACCAGAAUAUCAAUGAAUGCUCAAGCAACCCUUGUCACAAUGGAGGAACCUGCACUGAUGGCAUUAAUGGAUUCACGUGUACAUGUACUUCCCAGUGGACAGGCCCAUUCUGCCAGACCCCACAACAAGAGUGUGGAGGUCAGCUAAAUGGUCCUGCUGGUUCUUUCAGUUAUCCCAAUAACCCAGGUCAUGAUCAAUAUGAUCACUUGGUCAGCUGUACUUGGGUUGUCCGCACUGAUCCAAAUAAGGUUCUGCGCAUCACCUUUCCAUUCUUUCAUCUGGAGAGCAGCAUAAACUGCAACUUUGACUUCCUACAGAUUCAUGAUGGGGAUAAUCCCUCUGCUUACAUGCUUGGAAAAUAUUGUGGCCAAAACAAUCCACAAGAACUUCACAGCUCCCACAGUUCUUUGUAUUUUUGGUUUCGCUCCGACCAUUCUGUUAAUGCUGGUGGCUUCACAGUUGUUUGGGAGUCUCAGGAACCAGUAUGUGGUGGUGAACUAAAUGCUUCCUAUGGCAACAUAAACUCACCUGGUUACCCUGGAAACUAUCCACCUGGCCGGGACUGCUACUGGGCAGUUACUGUGGAUCCUGGCUUGCUUAUUACUUUUGCAUUUGGGACUCUAAGUCUGGAACAGCAUCCUGACUGCAACUAUGAUUUUCUGGAGAUUCGGGAUGGUCUUCAACCGGAUGACCCAGUUCUUGGGAAGUACUGCAAUACUGCAUCACCACCCCCUCUGCAAACAACUGGCCCAGCAGCAUGGGUCCACUUUCAUUCUGACUUUACAGUCUCUGACAGAGGCUUCCACAUCACAUACACAACAUCGCCAAGUGAUUCUGGAUGUGGUGGUACCUUCACUGAGAGUGAAGGCAUCCUAAUUUCUCCCAACUGGCCUAACAACUAUGCCCACAACCGACAGUGUAUUUAUUUGAUCACAUUGCCUUCACGUGAAAAGGUGGCUCUCAACUUCACUAAUAUGGAUCUAGAGAAUCAUAGCGGUUGCUCUUUUGACUAUGUGGAGGUCCGUGAUGGGAGAAUGGAGUCUGAUCCAUUGAUAGGGAAAUACUGUGGGAGCUCCCUACCAGCUCCGGUUCUCUCAUCCUCAAACUCUCUCUGGAUACGUUUUCGGUCUGACAGUUCAGUCAGUCGAGCUGGUUUCAGGGCUACCUACAGUGUUGCCUGUGGAGGUACCCUUUCUGGGACUGGACAGUUCCGCUCUCCUUACCAUCCAAAUCCCUAUCCCCACAACAAAGUCUGUGAGUGGGUCAUUAACCAACAAGAUGGCUAUGUGGUCACAUUGAAUUUCCUGUCGUUUGACGUUGAAGGAGGCUCUUGCAGAUUUGACUUUGUUGAGGUCAGGGAUGGGUCCACACCUAGCUCUCCCCUGCUGGGGAAAUUUUGUGGUGACCAGAUUCCUCAAAGGCUUCAGUCGACACAGAAAUCUAUGUACAUCCAAUUCACCACAGAUUCAUCUGUCAACAACCAUGGUUUUGAAGCAGCCUUUGACUCUGAGAUUGAGGGGUGUGGCGAGACCCUGACAAGUCCUUCAGGCACCAUUACCAGCCCUGGUCACCCAACAAGCUAUCCCCAUGGUGCCAGUUGUACCUGGUACAUAGGUGUUUUUCCAGGCAACCUAAUUCGGCUGUCAUUUAACUCAUUCAACUUGGAGUACCAUUCUAACUGUAACUAUGACUACCUUGAAGUUUAUGAUGGUACAGGAACAACUGGGAACAAGACUGGCAGGUAUUGUGGGCGCUCAGUGCCACCAUCUAUAACAAGUGCUGACAACGAAAUGACCCUUCUGUUUGUGACCGAUUCAAGUUUAUCUGGGGAAGGAUUCUCUGCUAGUUAUGUGUCCAUUAAUGCCAGCACAGACUGUGGUGAUAGCUUCACCUCCCCAACAGGAACCUUCACCUCUCCCAGCUAUCCUCACUACUACCCCAACAGCCGAGACUGCAUCUUCAAGAUCAUUGUCCAGCUCAACAUGCAGAUUUUGUUAAAUUUCACCAGUUUUGAAUUGGAGGGCUAUCCUCCUUCUUGCAACUUUGAUUUUGUGGAGAUCAGGGAUGGUGGCUAUGAGACAUCUCCCUUGAUUGAUAAGUUCUGUGGUGGCCAAAGACCUCCAGUUCUGGUGUCCCAUAGCAAUCGUUUAUGGAUUAGGUUCCACUCUGAUGCCACAAUCACACACCGUGGAUUUGUUGCUCACUGGGAUGGAUCACAGACAGGUUGUGGAGGAACAUUGACUACUGCUGCUGGAGGAUUGUCAUCUCCCAACUAUCCUCUGCCGUAUCAUCCUAAUGCUGAGUGCUACUGGAACAUUAGAACCAGUCAGGGCAGCCAACUCCAGCUGUCCUUUUCAGACUUCCACCUGGAAUCCAGCUCAUCCUGUUCUUUUGAUUACCUAGCUGUGCAUGAUGGAAACAGCAGCAGUACUCCAGAACUGACCAGGUUGUGUGGCACUGAGCUUCCAAGCCCCAUUAAUUCUUCCAGCAACCAACUAUACAUCAAACUCCGCACAGAUGGCAGUGUCAAUGCUGGAGGCUUCAUUGCAUCUUACAACUCCAUGUGUCAUAACAUACUCUUCUCACAUCAACACCAAGGAGUGAUCGAGUCGCUGAACUUUCCAAACAGCUACCCUGGAAACAGUCUGUGCAGCUGGACCAUCCAGGCUAGCAGUGGAAACACAAUCAACUACACCUUCACCGCUUUUCAGUUAGAAGCCACUUCUAGCUGUAACUAUGACUACAUCAAGCUCUAUAAUGGACCAAAUGAACAAGCUCCUCUGAUUGGUGCUUUCUGUGGAAAUACACCGCCAGCAGCCAGCAGCACUACAAGCUCAGCCCUCACUUUGGUGUUUAGAACCGACUCCUCGAUAUCCAUGUCUGGAUUUCAGAUGAUGUGGUACCAGAACGGUUGCGGAGGGAAUGUUGGUGGGCCCAGUGGCUCCAUUAGCAGCCCAGGCUACCCAAACAGGUAUCCUGAAAACAGAGAGUGCAUCUGGUAUGUCACCUCGACCCCUGGAAGCAGUAUUACCUUGAAUAUUCACGAGUUUGAUGUGGAGUUCCAUGAAAACUGCAACUAUGACGUUCUAGAAGUGUAUGGAGGCCCAGAUCUACAGGCACCCAGGUUGGCCAGGCUUUGCAGCACCACUUCAAGCCCAAUGCAGGUGUCUAGCACGGGUAACCUACUCACAGUACGCUUCAAGUCCGAUGCCUAUGUCAGUGGUCGAGGAUUUAAUGCGAACUGGGCAGAAGUCCAGGGAGGCUGCGGAGGGCCGGUCACAGCUCCUUCAGGGGAGAUCCAUUCACCCCUGUAUCCAGCCAGCUAUCCCAACAAUGUGGACUGUUCCUGGGUGAUCAGUGUUGAUGUCAGCCACCGUGUCUUCCUAAACUUCACCGAUCUGGACAUCGAAUAUCAUGUCAACUGCUCCUGGGAUUAUGUAGCUAUCCAUGAUGGUCCAAGCACAUUGUUUCCCCUGCUUGUUCAUGUGUGUGGGUCCAGUGCUCCUCAUUCCAUAACCUCCACUCAGAACACCAUCUAUGUCCGCUUUAGGUCAGACUCUAGUCGGAAUCAUCGGGGCUUCAGUGCUAUAUUCUCUGAAGCUUGUGGCACAUCCAUUAUAACAGAUGAUAAUGGUGGGGCAAUUUCAUCACCAAGGUACCCAGCAAUAUAUCCACCAAAUCAGAACUGCAGUUGGAUCAUCAAAGCACAGGAACCAUUCAAUCAUGUGACCCUGUCCUUCACUGACUUUGAGUUGGAGAGGAUAAACUUCAACUGCUCACAUGAUGUGGUGGAGGUACUUGAUGGAGACAACUACCAAGCACCCUCUAUAGGACGCUACUGUGGCUUUGAAAUACCCCAUCCAGUGACAUCCUUCAGCAACUCUUUGGUGGUCAAUUUCAUCUCUGAUCACUCUGUCUCCAGAAGAGGGUUCAGGGCUGUCUACUCUGCCUCCACCUCCAGUUGUGGCGGGGAUCUGGUGAUGCAGAGUGGUGCAUUUAAUAGCCCUAACUAUCCAGACGCUUAUCCACCAAAUAUGGAAUGUGUAUGGACCCUUCGCAGCUCACCAGGAAACCGUAUACAAGUCUCGUUUAUUAUGUUUCACCUUCAGGGAGACUGUCAAAAUGACUACCUGGAAAUUCGAGAAAGCAGUUCAACAGGACCUCUCGUUGAUCUCUUCUGUGGAACCUCGCUGCCCUCCAACUACACAUCUGUGACUGGUCACAUACUGUGGGUUAAAUUUGUCUCUGAUGGAUCAGUUAGUGGAGCAGGAUUUAGAGCCAUUUUCUCACACUUGUAUGGGGUUGAUUUGGUGGGAGAAUCAGGUCAGAUUUCAUCCCCACUGUAUCCCAGGACAUAUCCUAACAAUGCCGACUACCGCUGGACCAUAACAGUGGAAGGAGAUAGCUAUAUUCAAAUCAGCUUCUUGGAGAUGGACAUAGAGGACCUUUUUAACUGCUACUAUGACCAACUGAAAAUAUUUGAUGGCCCAGAUGUUUAUUCUUACCCUCUUGGGACGUUCUGUGGUCUGACCCUGCCAAGUCCCCUUAGAAGUUCAGGAAGUACCGUUACCUUGCACUUCCAAUCAGAUUCACUAGUGGGAGGACGAGGCUUCCUUGUGGACUGGAGAGCUGUGCAAGACUCUGGACCACCACCUACUAUUACACCAGGUGCUUGUGGUGGACUUCUUAUGACUGGAAAUUCUCCUGGUUUCCUCUAUUCCCCUGGAUGGCCUGAAAACUAUCCUCCUAACCAAGAGUGUACCUGGCUCAUUCGGUCUCCAAACUCCAUUGUAGAGUUUAAUUUCUUGUCUCUGGACAUGGAGGGAUAUCCACCCUGCUACUCUGACAGCCUUAUUAUCAAAGAUGGUGCAACCAGUUUAUCUCCAGUACUGGCCAGUGUGUGUGGUAGGGAACCUCCAGGAUCUGUACACUCAACAGGAGACUCGAUGCUCAUCCACUUCUCUUCUGACAGCCAUGUCAGCGGUCAAGGCUUUAACGCCUCCUUUUCCAAAGGUUGCGGUGGCCUGCUGCAUGUGGACAGAGGUGUUCUGAGCAGUCCUUACUACCCCCAGAAUUAUUUGCCUGGAUUAAAUUGUAGUUGGCACGUGAUGGUUACAGCAGGCUUUCGGGUUUCAGUUUCAUUUCAAAGCCCCUUCCAGAUUCAGGGCUAUGGCAGUGAAUGUAGCUCAGGCGACUACCUUGAGCUCAGAAAUGGUCCAGAUUAUUCAUCUCCUCUUCUAAGAGAACGUAUCUGUGGUUCCAGUCUUCCAUCUCUGCUCCAAACGACAGACAACCACCUCUAUAUUAAUUUUGUAUCUGAUGCAAGUAAUGAGGCCAGUGGCUUUAUGUUGACUUUUGAAGCCCAUAGUCAAGCAUGCGGUGGCUUCAUAAUACUGACUGAUGAUGACCCUCCCAGCUACAUCAGCUCACCAAACUAUCCACAGAACUAUCCCCAGAACAUUGACUGUAUCUGGGUGAUAACUGUGCCCAAUGGAGAAGCUGUCCAAAUUGACUUUGAGGAAGAGUUCUACAUUGAACCCACAGCCAGCUGUAGCUUUGAUUUUCUCGAGCUUCGAGAUGGCUCAUCACUAAAUUCAGACCUCAUUUCCCGGCUGUGUGGAAGCACUAGACCAUCUACCCAGCAUUCAAAAGGUUCUUCCAUGCUGCUCAGGUUUCGUACUGACAGCAGUGUAACACAUAGAGGAUUCAAGGCAACGUACUCCAUAGCAUCUUGUGGAGGAACCUACGUCGGUCAGUCAGGUGAAGUCCAAAGUCCAGGCUUCCCUGGAUCUAACUAUCCUGAAAACUCUAACUGUGAAUGGUACCUUAAGGGGCCCACUGGACAUUACCUUACCCUGAGCUAUAGGAACUUCAGCCUGCAGAACAGUCAAGGAUGUGCUGCUGACUAUGUGGAGAUCAGAGAGUACAAUGCUUCAGGACGUCUACUGGGACGACAUUGUGGAAACAACAUUCCAGCUUCAGUUGAUACAUCAGACAGUUUUGCUUAUGUCAGAUUUGUGAGUGACACCAGUGGAAAUGCAGCUGGUUUCAGUCUGUAUUUUGAAGCCAGUGUUGAAGCUUGUGGAGGAGAGUUAAAUGCUCCAUCUGGUACCAUCACCUCACCCAAUUACCCAAAUUUAUAUCCUCACAGCCGAGUGUGUCGUUGGGAGUUGGUGGUUACACCUAAUCGCAGGGUCACACUCACCAUUAAUGACCUACGGCUGGAAGAUUCUGGCACUUCCUGUGUGUUUGACUACGUAGACGUAUUUAAUGGGUUGGGUGCUGAUGCCCCUCGCCUACAGCGAUUCUGUGGUACAAUCUCACCGGGCACGCAGGUACACUCCUCUGGCAACACCAUGGCUAUCGUGUUCCACACUGAUGCUUCGGUGUCCAGUGGUGGCUUUAUGGCUACUUACUCGUCUGAUGAGCCUGCGGAGUGUGGUGGAAUUCUGAGUAACGUGGCAGGUGGCAACUUCACUUCACCUGGCUACCAGGUAUCCAAUUACAGUAGCAACCUCAACUGUGAGUGGUCAAUUCAGAAUCCCCUUCACAUCAACUCCUCAAUCGUGGUCCUUAUUGAAGACAUGCACCUGGAAAACCACCAGACUUGUGAAUUAGACUACCUUGCGAUCCGCUUAGGUGAUUCGGAUGGGGACCUUUUGGGCAGGUUUUGUGGACGAACGCCACCCGCAGUCCCUAUAGUGGUAUUUACACCAGAACUCUGGGUCCAUUUCCGGACUGACUCUUCACAGGGAGAUUUGGGUUUCAAAGCCAAGUACUCUUUUUCUGAAUGUGGAGGCUGGCAGACAGGUGAGGGUGGGGUGUUAUCCAGCCCUAAUUACCCCAACAUGUAUCCCAGCCCGAGUCGGUGUGCUUGGCUACUGGAAGCUCCCACUGGCUACACUAUCACAUUGAGCUUCAGCUACUUCAACCUGGAAUCACACACCACAUGUAGCUGGGACUCUGUUACAGUAUUUAAUGGAGGAUCCCCUGGUUCUCCAAUUAUUGGCCAGUAUUGUGGAACCACCUUUCCUGGAACUAUCCAAUCAGGCUCCAACAAACUGGCUGUAGUUUUCCUGGCUGAUCAUAGUGUGUCAAAAGGUGGAUUUAUUGCCUCCUGGUCUACUGACUCUUCUGGUUGUGGAGGGAUGAUCCACGCUGAUAUGGGCACAAUUAAGUCAACUAAUUACCCCCAGAACUUCCCAGCAAACAUGGAGUGUUCCUGGCAAAUCAUUGCCCAUGAAGGAAACCAUUUGGAGAUGAGCUUCAGUGACAACUUUGAGAUCCCAGACAGUACUGGCUCCUGCCAGAGCAGCUAUAUCAAGGUUUGGUCAGGCAGCACCCAAAAUGCUGAUGAUCUCCUGGUGACGGGCUGUGGUUCAUUGGCACCAGAACCCGUUGUUGCUCCUUAUAACAUAAUCACAAGUCGAUUCCAAGCCACUGCUACCCCUGGCGUAGGGUUCUCUAUGUCUUUCAGCACCCGGUGUGGUGCAAGUGUCAGUGGUUCCAAGGGUCGUGUGGUUUCUCCAAAUUUCCCAGCUGACUACCCUGACUACGCUAACUGUAACUACACUAUAGAUGCUGGACAGCAGACAGUGAUUGUCCUCAGCUUUAAGGUCUUCCAGAUAGAGGCACACUCCGCCUGUAUGUAUGAUGGUCUCAAGAUCUACAACCCAGUUACUAGUAGCACUCCAAUGGCCACUUUAUGUGGUACCAACAUCCCAGGUCCUUUUUCCACUCUUGGUCCCAUGUUACUUCACUUCUACUCUGACUCUCUGAUCACCAGCAGGGGCUUCAUGGCAGAAUACAGCGCCAUACCAUGUGGAGGUUUCUUCAAUAGUACCUCAGGUACAGUAAGCAGUCCGGCAAUCUCCAUGACCAACUACCACCACAACAUGAACUGUACCUACCAUAUCAGCAUUCAAGCAGACAGAGUGGUUGAUCUCAAGUUUAAUACCUUCAGUUUAGAAGCUUCUUCUUUAUGUCAGUAUGAUCAUGUGGCCGUGUAUGAUGGGGCUGACACCUUGGCGCCCUUGCUGGGAAAGUUCUGUGGUACAGUGCUCCCUCCUGAAUUACGCUCUUCUACAAAUAAUUUGUUCAUCGUCUUCAGGACAGAUGCCACAGUUAGUAGUGUUGGUUGGAGAGCUACAUACAGUCAAACACUUGGACCAGCACAAGGAUGUGGGGGCUACCUCUCCAUGCCUAUAGGCAUGUUUGGCUCACCCGAUCCAAACCUGGAUGGACGUUAUGAGCCCAGGAUGAACUGUGUGUGGACCAUUGAGAUGCCAGUGAACAAAGCCAUCAAUCUCACUUUCAGCUUCUUUGACCUUGAAAGCUCCUCUACUUGUCGCUAUGACUAUGUCAAUGUAUAUGAUGGAGACAACAUGAACUUUCCUCUAGUUGGGACUUAUUGUGGAGGCUCCAUCCCUGCUUACUUUUUGUCAAGUGGAAACUUCUUGACGAUUCACUUUGUCACUGAUAGCUCAGUCCAGAAGCAAGGAUUCAACGCAACCUACAGAGCAGUACCAUUGCUUUGUGGUGGGAUUCUGAAUGCUACAGCUGCAAAACAGACCCUAACUUCACCAUCCUUCCCCAGCGCCUAUCCUCCUUACACCUCCUGUCGCUGGGUCCUUGACGCUCCACCACAGGAAACCAUUAAAGUGUCCGUGCAGACAUUUGUCCUGAAUCCAAGCCAAAGUUGCUCUACCAACUACCUGGAGAUGAAGGACUGGCCUUUGGGAGACUAUGGACAGUCACAUAAGUUCUGCACUUCAGAUGGACAUCCACCAGACUUUUACAGUUUCAGCAGGACAGUCCUUAUGUACUUCAAAUCUGAUACUUUCCUGCCAGGAAAUGGCCUUAGUUUCAGCUAUCAAAUUGCCAACUGUAGUCGACUAUAUGAACAGGAAUAUGGCUACCUAAGGAGUCCAGGAUGGCCUGACAUCUAUCCUCACAACAUGGACUGUAUCAUGGUCCUAAAGGCACCACAAAACAGCUCAAUCUCUUUCUUCUUUAACAACUUUGAUGUGGAGAGCCAUAGCAACUGUGGAUUUGACUAUGUGGAGAUCCGUAAUGGAAGUACAGCAGACUCACAACUGAUUGGUAGGUUCUGUGGUCAAGCACUGCCCAGCCCCAUCUUCCCACAUUUCAACCAACUGUACUUACGCUUCAAGAGUGAUUUCUCUGCCGCUCGAGACGGAUUUGAUGCCACAUGGACAUCUUCUACACAUGGGUGUGGUGGUAUUCUGUAUGGAGACCAUGGCUCAUUCUCAAGCCCCGAGUACCCAGGAAGCUACCCAAACAAUACUCAUUGUGAAUGGAGCGUCAAGGCACCUAGAGGUCGUGUGGUGACCAUUACCUUUGCCCAGAUCAGUAUUGAUGACCCAGGAGAUUGUCAAAACAACUUCUUGAAGUUAUAUGAUGGCCCAGACACCUCCUCACCACCUGUUGGACCUUACUGUGGAGUGGAAACCAACAUUGCUCCAUUCAGAGCCUCUUCCAACCAUGUUUACAUUGUUUUCCAAGGCCAGUACUCCACCUUGCCAUCGGGCUUUAGACUCACUUGGAGCAGUUGAAAGAAAACCAUUUUUGGAUGUUGUGAAAUGCACACAAUAGACAUCUUAAUCAGAUUUUAAGCAAACACCUGAUGGAUGUGUUUGUGUUAUUUCAUUGUAUUGAUCUAAUGAACCAUAAUAUUAAAAUGAUUGCAUUAUUCUUUAA